CACACAAGACAUUAAGUUUCGAAUUAUCAUAGUGUUAUUGAUAUUAAUUCAUUAAAAAUAAUAUUUAUUGGAGACGAGAUUAUUAGCUUAAUUACCGGUAUGUUAUGCACGAACCGAGGUCAAACUUAUCUGCUUCAAUUUUAUUAUCAUAUUUGUUAGAAUUCGGAAAUCAUUGUCCAGUUGUCACAUAAAAUGGCAGCAUCCAUUCUUCACUGUUAGAUGUGUAUCAUUCUAAUUAGCCACGCAUCAUUAAAUUUUUAAUUUUAGACUUGCAGACUAAGGUAGAAUGAACUCAGCUAUUUUGGAUUUGAAUAGCGCUGCUCAAAUAUUCAUGACACCCUAAAAAAAUAAUAUUAGCGUAAUAGUGGAAAUCAGAAAGGAAAAGUUGAAUUUCGAAAUGAAGUAUUCCAUUUUGGUCUGAAUUACUCUGGUUCUGAAGACGAAAAACAUACUGCAUAUAUCCUUGCAUUGAAAUUAAUUCUUUUUACUCUUCUGCAAUGACUUUGAGUAAUUGCUCAAGGUAUCUCAUUAUCUCCAUGAUGUUACUCUAAAAUAAAUCGAUUACGACCUCUUAUUUACCCGUGCUAUUUUGUACUACAAUUUCCAGGAUGAAUUUACUUUUUAUUUUGAAAUGUUAAAAGUGCGUAUUCGUUAUUGAACAAAAACAAAUUUUACAUUAUAAGACUAUGUGUUUGAAUUUUUUUUAUUUGUUUGCAGUAUCUCUCAACAAAAUAUAGUGUUACAGGAUCUGCAAAGCAGUAAAAGAAGUAUAAGACCUUUCAUUGGGUUUUACACCUAUCAUAGCCAAAUUGAUGAUUAAUAAUGGUACCCAAUAUUAAGUUCUUUUCAGUGGCAAUUGAACAUUCGACUUAUAAAAUCUCAUAUUAACUGUCUCGAAUCACCAAAUUUUCUCAUUGCUUUCAUGUAUACGGCUUCCACCACCAUCAAGUCCAUGCUACAGAAAAAAAACAAAUAACUAACUAAUCCUAUACCCGACAUGGAAUGGUAACUGAACGAGAGGCCGGCUGUGGUUUUCCAUAUGGUUAAGCCGUCUAAUCGACUUUUCCCUCCCCCGGGGAUAAAUAUGCAAAUCCUAUUCUUAAACAGUUUCAUCUGUUCAUAUUUUAUUUCUGACAAUCUGGUAUUAGACUGAAAAUGUGUGUCAUUUUUUUCAUGUUGCAUCUCAAAGUUUCAUCGUCUGAGCAAAAAUAUACUCUAUCUCCGUCUCGUAAUCAUUACUAAGUAUGCAUAUAUCAAAAUAAUGUUUUGUAAUUGUCUUUAUUAUAGAUGUUAUUAUACCCUAUUCGAAAGUUGAAGUUUUAAAUAAUAUGGGGAAUACCUUUUAAGUUUUGCAAAUAUGUAACAAGUUACCGAAGGAUUAAAAUAAUCAUGGUGCUAAGAAGACGCAAUACAAAUUCUCGUAAUGUGGAAACAACAACUGAAAUGCCAAUCACGCUGGAAAUUCCAUCAAACACUGACAAAUCAACAGUAUGCCAACUUGCAAUCGACUUCAUUAAUUUUCUUCUUUAUCAAAGACAACAAAUACCAGAACCUGUGCAACUCUUACUCAGAGAUUAUGCAGAAAAGGACGUUGACAGUGAAAACAAAACUACAGCCAGAGCAAAAUUGUCAAAGACUCGUCAGCAAGCCACAAUCAGAAAACAAGUCUUGAAAUUCUUAGAAAACCUUUCUAACCUCCAGAAGUCUCUCUCAGAUGUUUUCAGUUCAAAGGACUUAGUCCAAGUUGAUCUUUUACUCGGGGCAACUCCUACAUCACCAAAAGAAAUUUUUUCAUUGAAUUUGUUGCACUUUGUAACAGAUGAAGAAUGUGUACCAGUUUCAAGCAGACAUUCAACACUGUGUUCCAGAAAGCUAUGCAUGAAUUUAUUGUCUCAAGAUGAAUUUUUUGUGAAUUCACCUACGUUAUCAAAUGUUCAUGUGAUGGUUAAAUUGAGAAAAGCAAAUUCUGCCGUUCCUGGAUGGCAGCCAUGGCCUCAGUAUAGACCCAGAUCGGACAGAAAAAACUGAAGAUCACAAUAAUCCCUGUAGGCAUCAACCACGAAGCUGAAGAAAAUAAAGAAAACUUAACUUCAAAAACACAAGAACACCAACCAAAGUUAGCUAAAAGUGGCAACCCAUUAUCAAAGAAAGGAAGGCCACAAGCAUUGAAAGAGAGUUUGAAUAUAAAUAACUAUAAAGUAGAUAAGGAUUCGCAACAUGAAUUUCAUUAUUCUUCUAUGAAAAAUACAACGGAAAACUGCCACAAAAAUGACCUUUUCGCUGAGACUAAACUCUCUCAGAGCAAACUGGCACAAAAGAGCAACUCAUCCAUUCAUAUUGUAUUAUCAGAAUGGGACACAAACCAAGAACAGUUAUAUAAACAAUCUAAAAUAAUGUCCUCCAAUAAAUUCAAAGCUAGCAUGGAAAGUGUAGGCCUUUCAGAAGGGCUACAGACACCAACAGGGAAAUCUAUAACUGAGACCGAAUCUCACGC